GUCCUGAGAGAUAAAAAUGUCUUUCGAGCUUCAUUCGAAUUUGUCCUUGAUUUUUUGGCCACUGAAAACCUUUUCGUGCAAACGUCUUUUCCUAAAAAAGAAAAUGAUACAUUAACCGAGAGCAUUAUUAUUAUGAGACGGGGAACAGCUGAUCAGUCGUGUUGUGCACGCGAGCGAGCGAACAUUUGUAAAUUCGAUGAAAUCAUGUCGAAGUACUUUUUCUCUGUACUCGCAAGUACCCCAUUUUUAACAUGAACGAUGAUAAAAACGAUAAAAAUUUUGACGAAACGAGUAGUCGACCAGCCACCCCGAGGGAGGACGACUGUUGUGGCAAUUCCUGCAAUCCAUGUGUCUUCGAUGUACACAAACAAUUGUUGGAACAAUACAACAGGAGAAAAGCUCAGGGAAUCGAGAAUAGUCGACGCAAUAACUUCUUGAAUCCUUUAUUGUAUAAAAUAUUCUCCGUCAAGAAUAUUCUCGUUGUUGCGGAUAAUUAUGUGAAACUUGUACUCGAUUGUAGUCAACAAAUUGAACGAAAUUCCAAAAUAAUUUUGCUUCCUGGACAACACAUAAUAUUGUAUGCCCAAAACAAAAAAUCGAGGCCUUAUACACCGAUAUCUUGGACGAAUGACAGUUUGGAACUUCUGAUCAAAGUUUAUGUAAAUGGUGAGCUAUCGAGUUAUUUGGCUAAUGCGAAAAUUGCCGAUGAAAUUCGGGUCAGGGGGCCUUACGGUGAUUUUGUGUACGAGAAAAAUCGUUUUAGCGAAAUCGUCGCAUUUUGCAUCGGUUCGGGGAUUGCCGCGAUUUAUCCAAUCGCAAGAUCAGUAGUCGACGAGGAGACCGACGAAACAAGAUUUCAUCUCGUUGCUGGAUUUCGAACGACGGCGGAAAUUCCCCUGAGAAUAGAAUUGCAACAGUUAUCUGAUUAUUGGAACGUCAAAUGUACUCUGCAAAUAUCGAGCCCAAUGUGGGACGGAGUUAGUCCAAACGGGAUAGAAAUUCAACGAGGUCGAUUAAACGAAUUUACUUUCAACGAACUCGUCAAAAAUUGUUCAACCGCUAAAACUCUGAUUCUCAUUUGUGGAACACCAAAAUUUAACGAGAGUUUGGAACGUUGGAGCAGGAAUCGUAAUUUUUUUCAUUAUCAUGUUUUCAGUUGAUUAAAUUUUUCACAAAAAAUAUAACUUUUGUAAUGACUUA